AUGGACUUCCUCUCUUCUGUCGACGAACCGCCCUCGGCGCCCUCAACAAGUGCUGUCGAAGACAGCAAGAAACUGCGCAAGGCUUCGUUGCAGGCCCAGGCGCUCAAGGAGCAGCUCUCGGUUCUGUCCAACGAGACGCUCGUUGACAUCAUGAUGCGGAGCGUCUCCCACGGAACAGGUGGCGGUGGUGGCUCCAUGUCGUGGCUGCGUCAGCGGGCGGCAGAAGCCUUCGCCGCGCUGCCGGAGGCCGCCACCGCGGCUGCCGCAACCGCGGCGGCUGCCGUAAGCAGCACGAUCGCCGCGGGCAGCUCAAGUGCAAACACGGUGGUGGAGGCCGCACCGUCCGGCGAGUCUGACGCCAAGCUGCUCUUCGAGGCGCGCCAGGCGCAGCACGCCGGCGAGAAGCACGCCUCGGGCGUGCGCGUCGGCCUGCGCGUCUUCCGUGGCACGCCCUCGCGCAUCGAGGCGGGCAAGGUCCUCGCCAUCCCCGAGACUGCCGACGGCGACGGCUUCGUGGUCCGCUGGGCGACGGGCACCUACCCCAACGUGCGCUACACGGGGGCGCUCGAGACGCUCGGCAUUGAAGCGCUCAAGGGCCUCAAGUGGCACAGUCCGCCCAAGCUACCGGCGGCGCCCGCGACCGGCUCGGGUGGAGUGGGAGGCUCGUCGUGGACGCUCGCCUUCGUGCGUGCGAUGCUCGCCGAUCUCGAGCGGCGCGAGCGCGAGGCUGUCGGCGAGCCGGGGAUGGGCGUGAUGGCAUGCGUGCUGCUCACGCGGCCCGUCGUCGACGCCAUCGACGCGCUCGCCGACUCGCACCCUGUGUUGAGCGGGCUCGAUGACUCAUGGUCGAUGCCUCGGCUCGGCCUCGUGCACGACCGCGCAACAGACACGGUCACCCUGCAGCAGCUGCUCGGCCGGCCUGUUGAGCAGGGGGGCGGCAGCCAUUUGCUCCCCGCCGCCGUCCACUUUCCUGCGAGCGCCGUCCACGUGUACGCACGCACCGCUCACGCGGGCGGCGCCCUCGAGCACCUGCCGCUGAGCGAGCGCGGCUCGCCGAUGUGGGUCUUCCUUGCCGACGGCUUCCACGAGGCCAAGCGGCCCAAGGCGACGGGCGACGACGUCCACUGCUUCUCGCUGCUUACCCUCCACCGGGAGAUGCGGGAGCCUCCCGCGGGCGACGGCGACGCGGCUGCCCACGACGCGGCGCCGCAGGUGGUGCAACGCGUCGUCAACGUCUUCCGCCCGCCCACAUCCUCGCUGCUCCUCGUCGCAUGGGUCUGCCGCGAGCGUGCCCUCGGCGCGGACGUCGCCCAGCUCAUCGCGCAGCGCCUGCUCACGCGCAUCGCCGUGACCCACGUGGCCAUCGAGCUGCCUCCCGCCGUACUCCGCUGCCUCUCCUCGCACCUGGAGACGCUGAACGAGCAUCGAAAGGCGGAGUUCCGCUACAACGUCGCCAUCGAGAUGGAGAUUCACCUCGGUCCGCAAAGCAGACUUCGCAUCACCCUGCGCCCCGGAUGGCUUUACGAUGGCCAUACGAAGCAGGCUGGCCUCACCUACCUCCUGGACGCGGCGGAUCCCGCGCGGCCGCGCGUGCGGUGGGCGACGGAGUUUGUCGAGGAGGGGCGCGCGCAGGAGUCCGGCACGCUCAGGGCGACUCUCGGCAUCGCCAGCGACACCCACGGCUCCAGCGUCGCGGCGCUCCUACACUCGGCGCCCGCCCGCCUGGACAAGAAGCAGUGCGCGACCCUGUACUUGCCGACGGCUACGCCGACCAGCGGCCUGCGGGUCGCGCUGCUGCAUGCGCCGAUGGCCAACGGCGGCACGCUCCUCGCACCGGCGUCAAUGAAGGGGGCGUAA